AAAAGGUUUCAAACGAGGCGGAAGUAGAGGCACUGAACUGUCGUGCAGUUUCAGAAUCACCGGUUUAUGUGGCUCAGAUCAUCUGCCGUAGCAGCGUGUGUUGCUGCUUGUGCAUAUUUUACAACCUUAUUCUACAAACUGCCCGAACUACAAGAGGACAGGUCGGUUAGACGUUCUGUAGAAACAACUUUAUGCUGUUGACAAGGUUAGCUUUUCGAAGCAUGUCCUCGGCUCUUCAUCGUCACAUCGUCUGGGAGUCGGAGGGAUUGGUGGCUUACCUUAACCCCCGGCCUUGGACCCCAGGCUCUGUAAUCAUUGAAAGCAGGACUCCCGGUAGCCCGGGAGGCAGCAUCUUCCAGCUAGAGGAGUCUCAGUACCUAUCCUGGCUGCUAGGGGCAAGAAGUGUAGCAGAGCUGCUGUGUGACAGACUGGCCGUCCGAAGGUGUGCUCUGGUCAGUAGACCCCACAAAGACAGACCUGCCCAGAUCCGUGUCCUCCCCCUCCAUGGUCUGGACGAUGACUGGCGCCCUCACAUAGCAGGAGAAGAGGAGCACAACUCUCAUGACCCGGGAUACUGCACCUCGAAGUCGGCCCCUCGAUGGAGUGACCUUAACCUGACUGAUAUCCAGACCAGGAUAAGAGCCGGGCUCCCAGUCCCUGAUGCUCCCCCCGAUCGGACUUUCCUCGGGGAAGACCCCGCUCACCCUGGCCUUUUCUCACGUAUCGUGCGUGGGGAGGAGCAGCAUUGGCGGGUGUGGGAGGACAAGCGUCACGUGGCAUUUCUCACUCCUUUCCCCAACUCCCCAGGUUUCACUGUGGUAGUGCCACGCUCACCCCUGACCUCUGACAUCUUCAGGCUGGAGAGAGGAGACUAUGAGGGACUGGUGCUGGCCACCAGAAAGGUGUCGCACCUCCUUGAGGAGGGGUUGGGAGCCUGGGGUGUGGGCCUCAUUUUUGAGGGUUUUGAGAUAGACUACGCUCAUGCCAAAUUGAUACCACUGUGUCUGUCCUCAUCAGAGGCAGAAGGUGACUCCACAAAACCACCAUGUUCCCAGUUUCACUCCACUUAUCCCGGAUACGUCACAUCAGAGGAUGGACCUGAGGCCAACUCCGAGUCCCUCAGGAGGAUGCUCACUAAAAUCACUAACAACUAAAACAGUUUCAGAGAGUUUUAUUCAUUCUUUGGAAUGAUAUUAGUCUCUCUUCUAAUUAUUCUUACUUAAUAAACAAUCAAACAUGUUUUAGUCCAUUUCUUUAUGUUUUAGUCAAUCAUUGCUUUGUACCAACAAGUAUAUGAGCAUUAGAUUAAAGAUUGCAUUUUUUAAUAAGAAUAACAGCAUUCCAGAGUUUAGCAUAUGUGAAUGGACAUCAAUUGCUUUUAUAACAUUGCACUGAAAAUAUUAUUUCUUAUAAUUAUUUGUAAAUUUGCACUUUUGUUUUUAUUUUUUUAAUUGAAUUGAAUGAUACUAUAAUUUUCCCUAAGGGGACAAAUAAUGUUAUUGCAGUCUAAAUAAAUGAACCCCAACUGGACUAAAUUGUCGUGUCAUUGCUCUCAGUAUUGCACCUGAAUUAAUUACAGUCUUAGAAAUAUGUCGUCUUGUAUUAGCUACAUAACAUCUCAUUAAAGCACCACUAAUUGCACUAAUUGGUCUCACUGGCUUUUAUGGUUGCGUACCUAAAAUAAUAACUGCAUUGAAACAGCAGUCUGUAAAGCAGGCAUGCUGGCCUGAGGCUGUCUGUGAAAUAAACACACAAGUAUUGCU